UCCAUCUUUCUGUCUGUAGAUGCUGCCGUUGAAGGUGAAUUGUACAUUCAGCGUGCAUCUCAGCAACAAUUCCUUCAGAUAUGAUAUUUGUACUCCGACGCUUAUAUUGGAUAUCUCCAUAUCAUUUCACAGAAAGCAAAUUUUUUCUGUUAGUGGCACGUUGGUAAAAAUAGAUUCAACAUCUAGUGAUAACAUUCGUUUAUCCUUUACAUUCAAAUCUUUUAUGCAUUCAAUGAACUCAAAAGUAUCACGAAGGGAGUAUUUGCAUAAGUGUUGUCUUACUGGCUCCAACAUUUCGGAAAACCAUUGUAUCCAGGUAAAAUUAUGUAUUUAAAUGCGAUUGUACA